GCGACACGCCAGGAAGCGCGCUGGCGCUCGGAAGAAAGGGACAUCGCCCCACGCAGCGCUUCUGUGCAGCCCAGGUCCCCGGGGCGGAAACCCAGCGGCCCGGCCCGCGCCCACCCACUCCAGGACCCUCGCGCGAGCCGCCGGUGCCGCAGAGCGCACAGGAUAGGGGACACCGAGGCAAGUAAAGAUCCAGGAUGGUGAGUCACUUCUCCCCAAGGAUGUGAGCAGGGUGCCAGUCUCACUGACCUUGUGAGCACAGAAGGUCUGGACCUCCAGUUCAGAGCGCUUGGACCCCUUACCCCCGUACCUCCCUCACACCUCUCCCCCGACAGACCUCACCAUGGCAGCCCAGAACGGAAGCACUAGUUUUGCACCCAACUUAAAUCCACCCCAAGACCACGCCUCCCUCCCCUUCAACUUCAGUUAUGGUGAUUAUGACCUCCCGCUGGAUGAAGGUGAGGACGUGACCAAGACUCGGACCUUCUUUGCAGCCAAGAUCGUCAUCGGCGUGGCGCUGGCAGGCAUCAUGCUGGUCUGUGGUAUUGGCAACUUUGUCUUUAUUGCCGCCCUCGCCCGCUAUAAGAAGCUGCGCAACCUCACCAAUCUGCUCAUUGCUAACCUGGCCAUCUCCGACUUCCUGGUGGCCAUCGUCUGCUGCCCCUUCGAGAUGGACUACUAUGUGGUGCGCCAGCUCUCCUGGGAGCACGGCCACGUGCUCUGUGCUUCUGUCAACUACCUGCGCACAGUCUCUCUCUACGUCUCCACCAACGCGCUGCUGGCCAUUGCCAUUGACAGGUACCUUGCCAUCGUUCACCCCUUGAAACCACGGAUGAACUAUCAAACAGCCUCCAUCCUGAUCGCUUUGGUCUGGAUGGUUUCCAUUCUCAUCGCCAUCCCGUCCGCCUACUUUGCAACAGAAACCGUCCUCUUCAUUGUCAAGAACCAGGAGAAGAUCUUCUGUGGCCAGAUCUGGCCUGUGGACCAGCAGCUCUACUACAAGUCCUACUUCCUCUUCAUCUUUGGUAUCGAAUUCGUGGGCCCUGUGGUCACCAUGACCCUGUGCUACGCCAGGAUCUCCCAGGAGCUCUGGUUCAAGGCCGUCCCCGGGUUCCAGACCGAGCAGAUCCGCAAACGGCUGCGCUGCCGCAGGAAGACGGUCCUGGUGCUCAUGUGCAUUCUCACAGCCUACGUGCUGUGCUGGGCGCCCUUCUACGGCUUCACCAUCGUGCGCGACUUCUUCCCCACCGUGUUCGUGAAGGAGAAGCACUACCUCACCGCCUUCUACGUGGUCGAGUGCAUCGCCAUGAGCAAUAGCAUGAUCAACACCGUGUGCUUCAUGACCGUCAAGAACAAUACCAUGAAGUACUUCAAGAAGAUGAUGCUGCUCCACUGGCGUUCCUCUCGCCAGGGGAGCAAAUCCAGCGCCGACCUUGACCUCAAAGCCAGCGGGGUGCCUGCCACAGAAGAGGUGGACUGUAUCAGGCUAAAGUGACCCACUGGUGUCACACAAUUUAAAACCCCAAUUCAGUACUAAGAGCAUCACCUACCAUCAACCAAGUUCACAAGCUGCAUGGGAAAGAACAUCUGUGUUCAUGGUCCCCUGCCCUGAAGGAGCUGGAUGCUUCUAAGUCAUUAACAUGCAGUGUGAUGACUAAAUGCAAACUGCAGCAGCUGACAUUUACUGAUAUAUGCUCAACACCUACUGUGUGCAUGUUGACAACAAGGAGACUAGAUACAAGUAGCAGCAACUGACAUUGAUCGGACACCUACUGUGUGCAAACCACACCAAUGAGAUCAGACAAGGGCAACAGGAGCUGACAGUUACUGAUUACCUACUGGGUGCAAAAACAUUUGGAAAACCAAACAAAAUGGGAGAAGCUAUCAUAGUAUCCAAUUAUGUAAAUAGCCAGGCAGAGGCCACAGAUAGUUAUCUGGACUCAGCCUCUACCUUCCCUCAGUCAGUAUCAGUGCAGGAAGGUCAAAGGCUAUAAAGAAUGGCACUCAGACAGGCACUGAGACACAAUGGAAAUGUCAAGGAUAAGCUCCCAGUGUGGGGUUUACAGCCUCAUGAGAAGAGAGUUCAAGUUUUCCCACCCAGCUCCUGCUACCUCCUGGAACAUUCUCUAGGAUUCUGGCUGCCAGAAAAAAAAAAAAAAAAUUCUUGCCACCAGGCCAGACUGAUGCAGUUAUCUACAAUGAUGUAAUCUCAAAGGAAAGAACCCAAAAAUCUCUUUUCUAUUGAUGCUUGAAAGCUUAUCAUUCUAUUGGGUGAAGACGGGCAAUGCAGAGAUGAGGGACACAUCCAGUUCCUGACACUUCAGUGCACAGAAUUUCAGGGACCCUUGGAUCAGGGAGGAAGAGGACAGAGAGGGGAGCAGAGGUUGCCACUGGUGAUGAAGUGAACAUAAUCUGUGUGGUCAUUCUGGUAAGGCCUGAACCAUUUUCUAGAACGCACCCUCUUUUAUGGAAGGAACUCUACCUGAAAUCCAAAGGCCUGGGUUUGAGUCCUAACUCUAAGACUCAUGUUCUAAACUCAUGGAUGUUUUUUCUCCAUGUCUCAGUUUUGCUUUAAUGAAAUGGAGAUGAUGAAAAUACAUGCUCUGCCUGCCUUGCAGAGAUGUUGGGAGGGCCCAUUACGUCAGGGUUUGUGAAUGUGCUUUUCAACUAUACACAUGAUAAGAAUGCAUGAGUGAUAAUGAACAGUUUGGAAGGAGUUUGGAAACCCCAACCACUGUGACUGAUGAUGGAGAAUCACCCCCACUUUUUCAUCCCCAUUCUUUGGACCAGAGAACCCUGAAUUCUUUACAGUGUAGCCUGUCUACACUGGGGCAAAAAGGAAUACCUGUCCUGGGUUAUAAUCGGGAAAAUUUAACCUCAGAGACUUAGUGACCCCCAGAAUCUCAGCAUCCCCAUAGUCUUAGAAGUGUUGACAGUCUUCCCUGCAUGUUGCAAAACAGCACAACCCAGGGCUGCGCAAAUAUCACUUCUGAAUCUGUCUGUACUAUUAUAUGUCUGUGGCGACUGUGUAUAGAUGUCCUCAUUUCUUCCUGAUUCAUUCUGAAGCAGAGAAACAACAUGAAUGGUAUUUGGUUUGGUCAAGUUGACCCAUCCAUAUUUGGUCAACUUCCAAUUUUCUGUACAGAAGGACUUAUUUAGUUGUUUCCUUGGGUUUUGUUUUUGUUUUUGUUUUUUUUUUUUGGUUUGUUUCUCCAACAGUGAAAUUUCAACCAACAUUUUUUUCUAUCACCACCCAGCAGAUUCACCUUCAGCCCAGUCGUUUUAUCCUCAGAAAAUGCAAAAGCAUUGCAAUAUUAGCUUAAGCAAAGCAUUUGUAAAUUCCGAUUUAAAAAAAAUUACACAAUGAAUUCCAAAGCCAAGCAAGUAAGCAUGUUAUCUACAUUUUUAUAAGUAUGAUAAUUAUAUUCUUAUUUAUUACCCUGUCCUGAUUCCUCCUCAUCAGAAGAUUCUUAGGAGUAGACUGUGUCCCAGUUGAGUCUGUUAACAGAAUUCAUCCGCUUUUUCCUUUUUAUCCUAAAAUGUACUAUC